AGGAAAAGCAGACAGGGUUUAGCGCCACAGCGUAUGGUGUCGCUGUUUCGAUGUUGCGAGCUUUGAGAAGGUGACGUCGAAGGCAGAGAAGUAGAAGAAGCACAAACGCGCGACAAAGCAGAAACAUGGGAGACAGCGACGACGAGUAUGACCGCAGGAGACGAGACAAAUUCAGACGGGAGCGAAGUGACUACGACCGAUCCAGAGAGAGAGAAGAGAGACGGAGAGAUGACUGGAACGACAGGGAGUGGGACAGAGGCAGAGAACGCCGUAGUCGUGGAGAAUACCGGGACUACGACCGGGGCCGUAGGGAGAGAUUUACUCCCCCCAGACAUGACAUCAGUCCUCAGCAGAAACGCAUGAGGAGAGACUGGGAUGAUCACGGUGGAGAUCCUUACCGUGGUGGAUAUGAUAUGGGUUAUGGUGGUGGUGUUGGCGGCGGCGGAGGUGGGCCAAGUUAUGGCCCCCCUCAGCAUUGGGGUCAUCCUGACAUACCCAUAAUGCAACCCCAUCAUGGAAUCCCUAUUCAGGCCAGGCUGGGAAACAUUCAUGACGUGGAUUUGGUUCAGCCGCCUCCUGUGAUGAAGACCUUCAAGGAGUUCCUGAUUUCCCUGGACGAUUCGGUGGAUGAGACGGAGGCCGUCAAACGCUACAACGAUUACAAGAUUGACUUCCGUCGACAGCAGAUGCAGGACUUCUUCUUGGCCCAUAAAAAUGAAGAGUGGUUCAGGUCUAAGUACCACCCAGAUCUGACCAGCAGACUUCAAGCAGAGGCCCAGACUUCUCUGUUCAACCGUCUGAAGGUUUUCCUGUUCCUGACUGAGAACGGCUGGUUUGACAACAUCCUCAUGGAUAUAGAGCAGGCUCCAGCCAUCAUCAAAAUUCUGGAUGCAGCUGUGAUAAAGAUGGAAGGAGGGACAGACCACGACCUUCGUAUCCUGGACAUGCCGUCAGAAGAAGAAGAAGACAGGGAGAAGUUGAUGUCUGUUACAGGUGGCGCCGAAGCUCAGAAAAGAGACGAUGUUAAGACUUUGGACGGAGAAAGAAAAUCCUCCAUGGAGAAGGACAAGAAUCACAAGGAGGCGCUGGAUUCAGCCAACAGAGAGAGAAGUGCAGGAGCAGAGGAGGAGGACGUGAAAGAGAAGACGGAAAAGGAAGCAGCCAAAGACGAGAAGCCUGAACCCAAGAAGCAGCAGAGGAGAAAGAGGAAACGCAGCGGAGACAGCGAUGAUGAUGCCAGCGCCUCGGAGAGCGAGUCUGAAUCCGACUUCAACUCUGACUCAAACUCUGUCUGCUCCGACAAACCUGUGAAGAAGGCAAAGGAGGAAGACGAGGAGGAGGAAGAGGAGGAGGAAGGUGAAGAGGAGAAACCAAAGGAGAACUGUGAGGAGGUGAAGAAAGAGGAGAAGAAGGUGAAGGACGACUCCCCCAGACCUCGGCCUCUGCAUCGGACCUGCUCUCUGUUCAUGAGGAGCAUCGCUCCCACCAUUUCCAAGGCUGAGAUUAUGGCUCUUUGUCAACGAUACCCAGGAUUCCUGCGAGUUUGUUUUUCUGAUCCUCAUCCAGAACGCAGGUUUUUCAGACGCUGCUGGGUCACAUUUGACCGCAGUGUGAAUAUAAAGGAAAUCUGCUGGAACCUUCAGAACAUGAGACUCCGUGACUGUGAACUGGCUCCAGUCGUCAACCGCGACCUGGUUCGCCGGGUACGAAACGUCAACGGCAUCACUCAACACAAGCAGGUCCUUCGCAACGACAUCAAGUUGGCGGCCAAACUCAUCCACGGUUUAGACGAGAAAGGACGUCUGUGGAGCAGCAAGCUGCGGGAGGAUCUGCAGAGCUCCGAGCUUCCGGCUCACAACCCCGUCCUGAAGAACAUCACAGACUACCUGAUCGAGGAGGUGAGCGCUGAGGAGGAGGAGCUGCUGGGAUCGGGGAGUGGCAUGGAACCUGAGGAGAACGCCAAGGAAGGGAACCAUGUAGAGAUGACCGUGGAGAAAGAUGAGAAAUUAGCCAAGGUCCUGGACCGGCUGAUCCUGUAUCUGCGUAUCGUUCACUCCAUCGACUACUACAACACCUGUGAAUACCCCAGUGAGGAUGAAAUGCCCAACCGCUGCGGCAUGAUCCACGUACGCGGCCCCGUCCCCCCGAACCGCAUCACACACGGAGAAGUGCAACAGUGGCAGAAGAUGAUGGAGGAUAAGCUGUCGUCGUUGGUUAGUUUAAAAGAAACUCUUUCUGAAGACGAAGCAGUGAAGAUGGGCCGAAAAGACCCAGAGGAGGAGGUGGAGAAGUUUGUCACGGCCAACACUCAGGAGCUGGGCAAGGACAAAUGGCUGUGUCCACUCAGUGGAAAGAAAUUUAAGGGCCCAGAGUUUGUACGGAAGCACAUCUUAAAUAAACACGGAGACAAAAUUGAAGAAGUGAAGAAGGAAGUUUCCUUCUUCAACAACUUCCUGAUGGACGCCAAGCGACCAUCUCUGCCUGAGAUCAAACUUCCUCUCCCAAGUCCUGGUCCAGCGUUGCUAUCUCCCAGCAUGCCUUUCGCUCCUCAGGCUCUUCAGGGUCCGGUGAACUUUGCGCAGCCUCGUCCUCAACCGACUCCUGUCUCCUCAGCUGGACCUCCGUACCCCCCCAACCAGUUUGGAGGAGGAAGAGGCAACUACGACAACUUCCGUGGCCAGGCGGGCUACCUGGGGAAGCCACGCAACCUCAGAAUGUCCAGGGGAGACCCACGCCACGUGAUUGAAUAUCGUGACCUGGACGCUCCAGAUGACAUGGAUUUCUUUUAGAGGCUUGGAGUUUUAUGUUGACUUUUUUUUUUUUUUUUCAACACUCGCUGUGUUCUGCUCCACUGCCUGAUUUUUUGUUUUCUUUUCUCAUGUGAUUUGUAAGAUUCUGCUGUAAUCUGCUUCUUAACAGUUUCUCCAAAUAAAGUCAUCAUUCAACCACACUGA